GAGUUGGGAACGGAAGUUCAUUUACUGAUCAGAGAGGGCCCUGAGGGGCCGCGCUGCUCCUUCUCCCGCAUUCACUGGGGAGUCUUGCUCUGCAAGUGCAGUUGCAGGCAGUUCGGGAGCACACGCCCCAGACCUGCCGCCUGCCGCUUCUGUGCCUCUGCAUCUGCCACCGUGGGUCCCAAGUUCCAGCGACUCCUGUCCCACACUCCCCGCUUUGCUCCCCGUGUGUCCUGAAGAAAGGGGACCUGCUCCCGAGAUUUUCCACGGUGAUGAUAGCAUUUGAAGACCUGGCUGUGUACUUUAGCUGGGAGGAAUGGCAGAAAAUGAACAAUGCUCAGAAAACCCUGUACAGAGGUGUGAUGCUGGAGACCUACAGCAGCCUCUUCUCCUUGGGGCACUGCAUUACCAAACCUGACUUAAUCUUCAAGUUGGAGCAAGGAGCAGAGCCAUGGAUGGUGGAAGAAUGCCUGAAUCAGAGCCUUCCAGUGGUCGUGAAAAGGGAUCACCUGAUUAGCAUCAACCAGGAAAGUCAGGACAAAAAUCUGAAUCAGGAUUUUAAGAAAAAUAACAAGACAUCAGCUCUCAAGAGAGUUGAAUUAAGAAAAACCAUUACUUUAAAUUCAAGCCAUAUUCCAACACUGAUUAUUAAAAAGGGAACCUAUUCACAAUUGAAGCCCGAGGAAUUCAGUAAAUGUCACACUGUUUAUCCCCACAGUGGGCCUGAUCAACUACAGGAUGGAGAGAAAUUUGAUAACACUAAGAUACCUGGAAAUUCUCUCCAGUUCUGUGAGCCUUUUGGUCAGCAUGACAAGAUUCACAUCAUGAAGCAGCCAUUUGGAACCACUGCACAAGCAAAAUUCUUCACAAGAAUGAUGCUCUGUAAAUCUGAGAGGGUUCCUAUGGCAGAAAACUGUAAUAAAUCAACUGUCACUUUUGGAAAAGUAACUCAAAUAGAAAAAGCUAUCCAUGAAACUUCUAGCCUCAAUAUGCAUCAACAAACUCACACAGGAAAGAAAUUUUAUAAGUACAUUAAGUAUGUUGAACCUGUCAUUCACCAGCCACAACUUGCAAUAAAUCACGGACUAAAUACAAGGGGAAAAUUCUCUAAAGGUAAACCUUGUGAAAAUUCACUCAGUUUUAAUUCACCUUAUGAAUGUAAUGACUGUGGAAAAGGCUUUGGACAAAAGUCAGUCCUAAGGAAACAGAAGCAAAUUCACACUGAGGAGAAACCUCAUGAAUGUAAUUACUGUGGAAAAGCUUUUGGACACAAGUCACACCUCAUAAACCAUCAGCGAAUUCACACAAGGGAGAAACCUCAUAAAUGCAAUGACUGUGGAAAAGCCUUUGGACAAAAAUCACACCUCUUCAUACACCAGAGAAUUCACACAGGGGAGAAACCUCAUAAAUGUAAUGACUGUGGAGAAGCCUUUGGACACAAGUCAGACCUCAUAAUACACCAGCGAAUUCACACAGGAGAGAAACCCUAUGAAUGUAAUGACUGUGGAAAAGCCUUUGGACACAAGUCAGUCCUCAUGAAACAUCAGCGAAUUCACACAGGGGAGAAACCUCAUAAAUGUGAUGACUGUGGAAAAGCCUUUGGACGAAAAUCACACCUCAUCAUACACCAGAGAAUUCACACAGGGGAGAAACCUCACAAAUGCAAUGACUGCAGAAAAGCCUUUGGACGAAAGUCACACCUCAUUAUACACCAUAGAAUUCACACAGGGGAGAACCCUCAUAAAUGCAAUGACUGUGGAAAAGCCUUUGGACACAUGUCAUACCUCCUCAUACAUCAGCGAAUUCACACAGGGGAGAAACCCCAUGAAUGUAAUGACUGUGGAAAAGCCUUUGGACACAAGUCAGACCUCAUGAAACAUCAGCGAAUUCACACAAGGGAGAAACCUCAUAAAUGUGAUGACUGUGGAAAAGCCUUUGGACAAAAAUCACACCUUAUCAGACACCAGAGAAUUCACACAGGGGAGAAACCUCAUAAAUGUAAUGACUGUGGAAAAGCCUUUGGACACAAGUCAGACCUCAUCAUACACCAGCGAAUUCACACAGGGGAGAAACCUCACAAAUGCAAUGACUGCGGAAAAGCCUUUGGACGAAAGUCAAACCUCAUCGUACACCAGAGAAUUCACACAGGGGAGAAACCUCAUAAAUGCAAUGACUGUGGAAAAGCCUUUGGACACAAGUCAUACCUCCUCAUACAUCAGCGAAUUCACACAGGGGAGAAACCCCAUGAAUGUAAUGACUGUGGAAAAGCCUUUGGACACAAGUCAGUCCUCAUGAAACAUCAGCGAAUUCACACAGGGGAGAAACCUCAUAAAUGUGAUGACUGUGGAAAAGGCUUUGGACAAAAAUCACACCUCAUCAUACACCAGAGAAUUCACACAGGGGAGAAACCUCAUAAAUGUAAUGACUGUGGAAAAGCCUUUGGACAAAUGUCAGUCCUCAUGAAACAUCAGCGAAUUCACACAGGGGAGAAACCUCAUAAAUGUGAUGACUGUGGAAAAGCCUUUGGACACAAGUCAAACCUCAUCGUACACCAGAGAAUUCACACAGGGGAGAAACCUCAUAAAUGUAAUGACUGUGGAAAAGCCUUUGGACACAAGUCAGUCCUCAUGAAACAUCAGCGAAUUCACACAGGGGAGAAACCUCAUAAAUGUGAUGACUGUGGAAAACCCUUUGGACACAAGUCAGACCUCAUCAUACACCAGUGAAUUCACACAGGAGAGAAACCCUAUGAAUGUAAUGACUGUGGAAAAGCCUUCGGACACAAGUCAGACCUCAUCAUACACCAGCGAAUUCACACAGGGGAGAAACCUCACAAAUGCAAUGACUGGAAAAGGGAGAAACCUCACAAAUGCAAUGACUGUGGAAAAGCCUUUGGACACAAGUCACACCUCAUUAUACACCAGAGAAUUCACACAGGGGAGAAACCUCAUAAAUGCAAUGACUGUGGAAAAGCCUUUGGACGAAAGUCAUACCUCCUCAUACAUCAGCGAAUUCACACAGGGGAGAAACCCCAUGAAUGUAAUGACUGUGGAAAAGCCUUUGGACACAAGUCAGUCCUCAUGAAACAUCAGUGAAUUCACACAGGGGAGAAACCUCAUAAAUGUGAUGACUGUGGAAAAGGCUUUGGACAAAAAUCACACCUCAUCAUACACCAGAGAAUUCACACAGCGGAGAAACCUCAUAAAUGUAAUGACUGUGGAAAAGCCUUUGGACACAAGUCAGUCCUCAUCACACACCAGAGAAUUCACAUGGGGCAGAAACCUCAUAAAUGUAAUGACUGUGAAAAAGUCUUUGGGCAAAAGUCACACCUCAUCAUACACCAGCAAAUUCACACAGGGGAGAAACCUCAUAAAUGUAAUGACUGUGGAAAAGCCUUUGGACACAAGUCAUACCUCCUCAUACACCAGAGAAUUCACACAGGGGAGAAACCUUAUAAAUGUAAUGACUGUGGAAAAGCCUUUGGAUGAAAGUCAUACCUCAUCAUACACCAGAGAAUUCACACAGGGGAGAAACCUCAUAAAUGUAAUGACUGUGGAAAAGCCUUUGGAUGAAAGUCACACCUCAUCAUACACCAGAGAUUUCACACAGGGGAGAAACCUCAUAAAUGUAAUGACUGUGGAAAAGCCUUUGGACAAAUGUCAGACCUCAUGAAACAUCAGCAAAUUCACACAGGAGAGAAACCCUAUGAAUGUAAUGACUAUGGAAAAGCUUUUGGCCAUAAGUCAGUCCUCAUGAAACAUCAGCAAAUUCACACAAGGCAGAAACCUCAUGAAUAUAAUGACUGUGGAAAAGACUUUUUAUGAAAGUCACACCUCAUACCACAAGAGAAUUCACAGAGGGGAGAAACCCCAUGAAUUUAAUGAGCGGGGGAAAGCAUUUGGACAAAAGUCAGUCUUUAGGAAACAUCAGAGAAUACACAGGGGAGAAACCUCAUGAAUGUAAUGACUUUGGAAAAGCCUUUGGACAAAAGACAAACCUCAUAUCAUAGUAGAGAAUUCACACAGGGUAGAAAACUCAUGAUUGUAAUAACUGUGGAAAAGCAUUUAGCCAUAAGUCAACCUUCAUCAUGCAUCAGAGAAUUCACACAGGGCAAAAUCCUUGAGAAUGUAAUGACUGGCAAAGCCUUUGGACAAAAGUCAAACCUCAUAAUGCACCAGAGAAUGCACACAGUGUUGAAACUUCAUGAGUGUAGUGACUAUGGGAAAACUUUUGGUCUUAAGUUCCAACUCCAACUGCAUCAGAGGAUUCACACAGGGAAAUAACAUUAUAAAUGUAAUGGCUGUGGAAAAGCCUUUUUCUAUAAAUUAUACCUCAUAUCAAAACAGAAUUCACACAGGGAAGAAACCUUAUGAAUCUAAUGAGUGUGGGAAAGCCUUUUGUUCUAAAUCAUAGCUCAUAUCACACCAGAGAAUUCACACUGGGGAGAAACGUCAUGAAUGCAAUGACUAUAGAAAAGCCCUUGGCAAUAAGUCACAUCUCAGAAUGCGUCAGAAAAUUCACAUGAAGAGAAACCUUUUGGACAUAAUGACUUGGAAAGCUUUUUCCCAUAAUGCAGUCCUCAUUGCACAUCAUCUAAUUCAUAUGGGGGAAAACACUUUGGAUCUAAUGCAUAUGGAAAAGCCUUUAUCCAUAAGUUAACACCUCAUAAAACAUCAGAAUUCACAUGGGGGAGAAACCUUAUGAAUGGAAUGAGUGUUGGAAAACUCUACCAAAAUCACACAAUAUAACAUCAGAAAAUUGAUUACAUGAUAGAAAUCUUGUAAUAAGUGUGGGAAAGCCUUUUGUCAGAAGUAAUACCUCAUAACACAUGUAGUUUGAACAAGGGAGAGAACUUUUUCCAAAAUCAACAUAACCGUGUGACAGAGCCUUUUGCUGGAAAUUACAUCCCAUACAAUAGGCACUCCCAUAAGGAAGAAAGAUUAGGACCAGCGCUGUGGCACAGUAGGUUAAAGCCCUGGCCUGAAGCACUGGCAUACCAUGUGGGCACUGGUUCUAGUCCUGGCUGCUGCUCUUCUGAUACAGCUCUCUGCUAUGGCCUGGGAAAGCAGUAGAAGAUGGCCCUGCACCCACAUGGGAGACACAAAAGAAGCUCCUGGCUACUGGCUUCUGAUUGCUGCAGCUCCAGCCAUUGCAUCCAUCUGGGGAGUGAACCAGCAAAUGGAAGACCUCUCUCUCUCUACCUCUCUCUGUAACUCUGUCUUUCAAAUAAAUAAAGUAAAUUGUUAAAAAAGGAAGAAAGGUUAGAAAUAUUAGUGUGAGAAAAAGCCAUUUGUCAGAAAUUGAUCACUAUACAUCAGAGAAUUCACACAAAGGGUUUCUUUGGAGUGUAAUGAAUGUGGAAGUAUAUUUUCAUGGUAUUCAGGCUGUCAUAAAUAUGCAACUCAAAAAAGGUGAUAUCCUUCAAGUGCAGUAGAUAUGAAAAAACCAUAACCAGAAAUUAAACAGGCUCGCACCAUGGUGCAGUAGGAUAAUCCAGUUCUAGUCCCAGCUGUUUCUCUUCCAAUCCAGCUCUCUGCUGUGGUCUAGGAAAGCAGUGGAAGAUGGCCAAAGUGCUUGGGCCCCUGUACCCCUGUGGAGACCAGGAAGAAGCUCCUGGCUCCUGGCUUUGGAUCAGGGCAGCUCUGGCCAUUGUGGCCAUCUGGGGAGUGAACCAACAGAAGGAAGACCUUUAUCUCUGUCUCUCUCACUGUCUGUAACACUACCUAUCAAAUUAAUUAAACAUCAACAAACACCAGAGAAUUCAUACAGCAAAAUGUCAAAUUUAAUGAAUGUGAAAAAAUUGUUCUGCCAUUAAUCAAUUCACAUGAAGAGACUCAGAAAUGAGAAAACAUACAUGCAUAGAAAAGUUAUAUGCCAUACGUCAUCUCUCAAUGGUUACCUGACAACUCACAGAAAGAAAAUAUCCUAUGACUGUAUUGUAUUGGGAAAUACCUUUAUUAUUAGGCAAACUUCCACAAAACAUAUCAAGAUUACAGAGAGAAGUCCCUGAAGUAUAAUUUGUUUGAAAGAAUUCUUUGGUGGAAUCACACCUUAGUAAGUAUUGGGGCAGUUUUCAUGAUGAAUUGUGACAGAGAGUGGUUAACCGUUCUUCAGAAAUUUUUUCUCUUAUACAACCUGUAGUUUUGGUUUCUCAUUAUUGUGAGUGGGAUCAAGUAUAUGAACUGAACUGUACUCUCUUAUGUAAAUUUUGUUAAUAAAUAUCUAAAAGUUGA